AUGCCAGCUUCGUAUCCGGUACCUACUCAGAUGGUACAGCAACUAUGGGGUAAAUUUGUGGCUUUCCUGAUGCGUUCGUAUCCCAUGAAAGAUGUACCGUUGAAUAUCCGACCGGGAAUGAUAUUCGCAACUGCCAUAUGGAUAAUCAUCUUAGGUAUUUUAGGUAUGGCACCAUUACCUACUUUACCUCUGAAUGAUAAGGCGUUACAUUUCUUCGGGUUGGGCUUCGCUACGUUCCUGUUGUAUUUCGUAUUGGAAGUACCAGAUGGACCAGGUAAACGGAUAUGGUAUAUCCGACGAGCCCCAAUCCUAUUCACAUUGAUAACUGCCUUCUUGGUCGGUGGGGUAAUCAGUGAAUUCAUACAGAGUCUGUUACCUUGGAAAGAAUUUCAAUUCGGUGAUAUAAUAGCAAACCUCCUCGGUUCCACUCUCUUCCUCUACCUCGCUCACCUCGCACAUCAGCGGAACCAACGUAAACUCGAAUUAUCUUCAUUAUAUCAACCUCUGACCGAACAGAACAGCUCGACUUAUCGAGAUGCCCAAGGCAGAAGACAUCAAUUCAAUGUCCCUUCAGCUACGGAUGCAGACGAAGAUCAACCUCCCCGAGAGGUAUAUAGUGGAGGUGUGAAUAGACAGAGACAAGGAAGUAACGUUUGGGAUGAUGAGUCUGAUCUGGAUAGAAGUUCACAGGAUACUGCUAGAGGAGGAGGGAUGUUCCAAUUAGGAGAAGAAGAUGAUGUUACACCGACUCAUAAAGGUAAUGGGAAGAAAUAG